GAGAGGAGGAGGGGAGGAAGAUAAGCUGAGGGACCAACAGUAGAGACUUAGCUCUGACCAUCUGCCAGCCUUCAGUCUCUGCCAACACACAGUCUGGUUUUCAUGAAUUCCUCUCUUUCUGGUCGUCACUCGACGUCACUCCUCACGCCUCCAUCAGAGACACGCCUCCAUCAGAGACACGCCUCCAUCAGCAGGAGAGGAGCCAUGGACGUCUGCUUUCCCCUCCUUCUCCUCCUCCUCUUCAUGGUUCUCCUGUCCUCCCUCCCCACCCGCAUCUCCGGCAUGCUUUGCCCUAAACGCUGCACCUGCCAGAAUCUGCUGCCCUCCUACACGGUGCUGUGUGCCAAGACAGGCCUCCUGUUUGUUCCUCCCAACAUCGACCGUCAGACGGCAGAGCUCAGGCUCAUGGACAACUUCAUCACAUCACUGAGGCACCGCGACUUUGCCAACAUGACCAGUCUGAUCCACCUAACCCUGAGCAGAAACACCAUCAGUCAGAUCCUACCCUACGCCUUCGCCGACCUCCAGGACCUCCACGCUCUCCACCUGGAUGCGAACCGCCUCACCACCUUGGACGACUCCCACUUCCAGGGCCUGGUGAAUCUGAGGCACCUGAUUCUGGCCAACAACCAGCUGCACAGUAUAUCAGAGGGAGCCUUCCAGGACUUCCUGGAAACCCUGGAAGACUUGGAUCUGAGCUACAACAACCUGGUGGACGUCCCCUGGGAGACCAUGGCCAUGUUGGUCAGUGUCAACACACUGAGUCUGGACCACAAUCUGAUCGAGAGUGUACCGGAGGGGAUUUUCUCCAACCUGCACAAACUGGCCAGACUGGACAUGACGUCAAACAAACUGAAGAAGAUUCCUCCAGACCCUCUGUUCCUGCGGAUCCCAGUCUACGCUAAGAUGAAAGGUUCUCCUCUCACGGCUCUGGUUCUGAGUUUUGGUGGAAACCCAUUACACUGUAACUGUGAGCUGGUGUGGCUCCGCCGACUGACCAGAGAAGACGACCUGGAAACAUGUGCCUCACCAAAAGAUCUGGCUGGAAAAUAUUUCUGGACCAUCAGAGAGGAGGAGUUUGUCUGUGAGCCGCCAAUGAUCACACGUCACACCUCCAAGAUGUUUGUGAUGGAAGGUCAGGAGGUCAGCCUGCGCUGCAAAUCUGUUGGUGAUCCUGAGCCUUCAACCCACUGGGUCAGCCCUGAUGGGAAGCUCAUUGGGAACACGUCCAGAACCGUCUGCUAUGAAAACGGGUCACUGGACAUCCUGAAAGCUUCUGUGAAGGAUUCUGGAAAGUUCACCUGCAUUGCAUCCAAUGCCGCCGGGGAAGCAACUGCCCCGGUCGAGCUGGUGGUCAACCCUUCACCACACUAUGACCCUAAACUGGACCUGGACCCGGGGCCGUCAGACAUUCCCACAUCCAUCAAGUCCAACGUUAGCGGAGGUCAAGUGCGUGCCGAGCAGCAGAGGGUGAGUGUGUCAGACCUCACGUCCAGCUCUGCCACCAUCAGAUGGCCGCCACAGAACCACAUCCCAGGAGUCCGCAUGUACCAGAUCCAGUACAACAGCUCCACGGACGACAUUCUCAUAUACAGGAUGAUUCCAGCCAAUCACAAGUACUUCCUGCUCAGUGACCUGGCUUCCUCCCGGGACUACGAACUGUGUGUUCUGGCCGUGUAUGAUGACGGUAUCACGACCCUGACCGGCACCAAACUGGUGGGUUGUGUGUCCUUCAGCACAGAGUCGGAGUACGGACGCUGCCACUCCAUACGAGACCAGUUUCUGGGAGGAACCAUGAUCAUCAUCAUCGGUGGGAUCAUUGUGGCCUCCGUCCUCGUCUUCAUCUUCAUCCUCCUAAUGAAAUACAAGCUGCACAGUAACCACUACAAACAGAAAGCUGCAGCACGACAUGCCAACGUCUGCUCCCAGACCAAUGGAGGAGGAGGAGGAGGAGCCAAUGUCUUGUCUCUGCCUCCUUCCUCCUCCUCUGCACUGUCAGGUGGAGUAAAUAAAAACUCACAGCCCUCGUCAUCCACAGACGGACUGGGCGGGGCUUCUCUUCGGGGGACAACUAUUGUAGACUUAAACCCCUCCCUCGAGGACGACGCCAUCUCUAAAUAACACAGCAGAAAACGGAGUAAAAAAACACACAACCUGCCGAUGUUCAAAGUCCAAACAAAACUCCACCACCUUUUCUCCACCUUCUCCUUCUUUCAUUUGUUGCUGGUGCCUGGAUCCAAACUCCACCCCUGGAUAAGGAGCAGCUCCUGUGACUGGCUUCUGGACCAGCUGCACCGUCACAUCUAUGUUCUGCACUGACCCAGACUGAGGAUCGAGACCUGCUGCCUGAUGUCCAGUAGCACUUUACAUCAGGAGCAGACGUGUGAUGUCAUCAGCCAGAGGGCGGUCAACAGCUGAGCUGUUGGAGUGAACAACAUAGUCCAGCUCCAGGUUUGGAAAAAAACCUGCACACGUCGGUGUUUCCUGGGGUUAAGAAGCUUGGAUCUAAGGAACCAUCACACACACACACACACACACACACACUCCAGGUGUUCUGUUGAUAUCACAUGGUGACAGACAAGUGCACAACACACACAAAGGCGGAAACACAGUGUGUUUUAAUGGAGUGUUCUACUCGAUGGUUUUAUAGCAGCGCUCUUCUCAGUCAUAUACCAAAGGAUUACUGAAGUAUUGUGACUGCAGUAUUACAGGAGUUUGCAGUAAAACCCUUGCUUGACCCUGGAUGGAAAAUACACACACACACACACACACACCUUCAAUGUCACGUGUGAGAGCGUCAGUAUUAAACUGUCCAGCUGAGUGGAGAACUGCUGCCACUGUGAUGGUGUGUGUGUGUGUGUUUUCAUUCAGUCUCUCAUGAAGAACAGUCUCUCCCGUCUCUCAGCCUCCGGCUGCACUUCCUGCUGCAAUAAUCCCCGUGGAUCUGUUUUCUCUUUGUGUCAGAGGGUUCAAAAACAGUAUUUUCAUAGAGACAAAGCCUCGAAGGAACUUCAGAGAGGAUCUCAGGUGGAGCUCACAGGUGGAGCUCACAGGUGGAGCUCACAGGUCCACCAGUGUGUUUGGUGCUUGUACCCUCAGAAACAGCUGAACACAAACAGGUGGUGUCGUUGACUGAAGGCUGUGGUUGUUGUCGGUGCUGCGGUGGACGGUCAGCUCUCACCAGUCCUCUCUGUCUGUGCUGUUUGACAGUGUCUGUGUUUGUAUGUGACACCAUCCAGUCCUCAGUGGUUUGAUAUGUCUUGGACUACAGCGCCAACUAAAGGCCAGACUGAUCGUAAUCAUCACCACACGUGAAAUGAGGAUUUUAUGCUUUCAUAGAAACAACGUGUGGAUUUCUAAUGAAAUAAAAAAGGUAUUUUUCUUGGAAAA